GUCUGGGCCGCCUGUCCUCAAAAAAAAAAAAAGGAUCCGGGAUUCUGAGACAUCAUCAUGAGGACAGGAAAGCUUGGGUUUCGAUCUCAGAUAUCCAAUCUCGUCAUCUUUCCUUGUUAUUGUUAAUACACUUUUCCAGUCAAGUUCUUGAACAUCAAGCCUUUCUCAACCCUUGCAGGUAUCCUCUUGUGUGCCAUCUGAUUUCUUUGGUUUUAACAGUUCCGCUCACGUAUUAGAGCAAGUUCAACAUGAAAAUUAUCGUAUCCUACAUAUUGCUGCCCAGAGAGCAUCAUUCUCCUCUCAUGCAACCACCAAUCACAUUUUUCUCGGUCUGAUAUAACCUUGUAUAUAUAAGCUGGGGAAUCCAUACACCAGAUCAUACCCACAUCAAAGUUGUGUCUGGGUCUCCAUCUUCUUUUGUGCCGCGCUCCCGUUUCCUAUUUGAAUCACACCAAGGACUGGCUUGACACUCAUCGAUCCCCCGCACACUCAGUCGCAUAAGUUAACUAGCAUUUCCCAAGCAUUAUCCUCAAUCUUUCUAGGCUUUUUUUUGUUUUGUUUUCUAGCCCUUUAAUUUUAAUUAUUAUCAAGCAUUCCCAUAUAAUAUAAGUUUUCAACUUGGCCUAAACAUGUUUGAUCAAUGGAAGCCCGACCUCGAUUUUGUUGAGGGUUGUUCUCUUACCAAUCAACCUCCAUAUUGUCCACAAGGCGAUCAAUCCAGCAGCGGGGAGGGAUUUUCGAUGGAAAGCCUCCUGGACUAUGAUCCGAUGAUGCUAUCAUCAUUACUCCUACUGCCGAUGCCCUUGUUAAAACCACAUGGUGCAGAUCCGAUUCCAAGCAGCGGCGCCAGUCCAAAUCGCAUCGGCGAGUCCGCGUUCACAUCUGAUGUCGUCUUCACUCAACCAAUCCAGCAAUCCAUUCAACCCCUUGACUCUCGAGAAUGUCUUCCCUGUUCUCCAGCAUCCUCGCCAAAUGGUUCCUGUUCCGAUCUCUCUAGAGCCCCUGGGCCCCAGUUCCUUUAUUCUUCGCCAUCCAACGCCGAUUACUCAGAGGCUAUCUCUGAUGUGGGCUGUAGCACGCCUGUUCAAGCCAAGCAACCUGAGCUCUUCCCCUCCAAUCAUUGUUCAGAGGCAUUGAACGAGUGUUUCUUGAACCGUCCACAAGAUGCAUUGAUGUGGGAUCAGGUUCCGACGAAUUCAAUGGUCCCAAACUUCGGAGGUUUAUCCCAGUCUGCAAGGGUAUUGCCAUAUCCAACCGAAACCUUGGCCACUGCCAGUACUGUGGGAGUUUCUGCCUCUCCAGUCUCCUUGAUCUCCGAGAUUUUUCCAUUCGAAGCUGCAAACGACUUCACUCCUACCAAGAACAAACGGACCUAUGAUCAGUUUUCGUCGCAAUCAUAUUGGACGAACGAUUUCGGUAACUUUCCGCAACAAGACGCGGCGAAUUUUCACAUCAUACCUCAUGAACCGUCGAGUGUUUAUUCGAGAUGUGAUGUUUCGAUCAAACGACACGAUGCUUCUGGAGAUGUGCCGAUAGUCAAGCUGAAACGGUUCCCAUGUCCAGAAUGUGGCCAACGAUUCGCCCGAGCGUUCAACCUCCAAACGCACAUCGCCACUCAUGCGGGCAUGCGUCCAUUCUCUUGUCCGGCUGAUGGAUGCUCGAAAGCGUUCAGUCGUCGUCACGACCUGGGAAGACAUGUCGGCGCCGUCCAUCGCGAAUGGUUGGCUUCUAAAAACAUCUCCGUCGAGCAGGCUGUUAAGCCCUUGCGUUGGAAGAACGGUUCAUCUAAAAAAUCAUCAAAAUCAUAACGCUUGUCGUGAUCAACCAAAAAAAAAAAAAAAAAAAAAAAAACUCAAGAUCAGAAAAAAAUCAUUUACUUCUCUCUCGGUUCACCGGGAAUGACUCCACCACUAUCUUCAUCACUUGGACGCUCUGCGAACAUUGUCAUCACUUUUACUUUUCUCAGCUCUUAAUCAAUUCAUUUCUUCUUUCUUUCAACUUUUUUUUAUAAUCUUCCGACCCCAAUGCACUGGGAAAGCAUAUUCUUUCAAUCUUAUAUUUAUACAUCCUCCAAAUUCACAGUAGCUAAGACUCUUCAGCGGUUUUGCUUAAACCAUAAAACCUUCCAACCUUUUUUUACAAGUUAAUUUGCUAGCAAUAAUCCCGAACAGGCUUUCGGGACUUGAUAAGACCCCAUUUCAGCCCCCUUUCUCUUAUGCACUUGUUCUAGUAGUACUCGAAUAUGAAGUUUUACGGAAAAUGUUAAUUGCAUGUGGUGAUUGAUUAGUGAAUGUGUUUUUGUAAGACUUGCAUGUCUUUGAUCUAAGGGAGUAUGUUAAGAUUUUGUAAGAUUAGCAUUGUGUGGGACUAGAGUAGAACCAGUUGCUCCUAGUACCUCAUGUCGGAUUUUUCAGUAAAGCAAUGAUCUUGUGGACUACAAACCGCGUGCUAGUUCUUUCUUUUUCAUUUAAACUUUUUUUCCGAACAUCAUGAGGUUUGUUAAUUCUUGGUCAGGGCCCACGGCUAUGAAUCAAG